CAGCACCAACUUCCACCAUUCUUGUAUAUACUUGACCAAGGCCGUGCCUUGUCUCCCUACUUUUCAUACAUUCCUUUUUGAGAGACUUCCAUUAUGCAUUCACUCCUUCCUCUUACACUUUCCCUUGCUGGCGCUGCCACAGCUGCUCCGCAAGUCUUCACCCGCCAAUCCGGCAUCUUUAGCAACGGCACAUCUGGCCAUCAGAAUGUCGUGUACUGGGGCCAGAACGGCGGUGGUGUCGUCGAGAACAACGACUUGGCAUCAUACUGCAAAUCGUCCUCUGGCAUCGAUAUUCUUGUACUCUCGUUUCUUUACCAAUACGGUAACGGAGUGACCAUUCCUGCGGGCACCAUUGGCCAAUCAUGCUCCAUUUCCACAACUGGCCAGCCCCAGAACUGCGAUGAGCUCGCGUCUGCCAUUACCACAUGCCAGGCGGCUGGCAUCAAGAUCAUCAUGUCUCUGGGUGGUGCGUCUGGUGCCUACUCGCUCUCCUCACAGCAAGAGGCCGAGGCAAUUGGUCAGAACUUGUGGGAUGCGUACGGCCCAACCUCUGCUUCACACAAGGGCACAGUGCCACGACCUUUUGGGGACGCCUUUGUCAACGGCUUCGACUUUGACAUUGAGAGCAACUCGGGCAACCAGUUCUACCAGUUCAUGAUUGCCAAGCUGCGGUCCAACUUUGCCUCGGCGCCGUCCCAGAUGCUCAUCACAGGCGCGCCGCAGUGUCCCAUCCCAGAGCCCAACAUGAACGAAAUCAUCACCAAGGCGCAGUUUGACUAUCUGUUUGUUCAGUUCUACAACAACCCUGGCUGCUCGGUUGACGGUACAGUCAACUUUGACCAGUGGAAGAAGAACAUUGCGGGGAGCCCGUCUGCCGAUGCUAAAAUCUUUAUUGGUGUGCCUGCGUCUCCUCUGGGAGCCACGGGAACUCAGAGCGGCGCACGCUACUUUCUCCAGCCGAGUGCUCUGGCUUCACUAGUGGCCCAGCACAAGAGCGACUCUGCGUUUGGCGGCGUGAUGAUGUGGGCAGCGGGCUUUUCUGACGCCGAGGUGAACAAUGGAUGCACAUAUGCCCAGGAGGCGAAGCGCAUUCUCACGACGGGAUCAGCUUGCUGAGGAUUGUCUAUGAAGAUGUCUAUUUAACUUUACAUAUAUGAUGGACGAGCUACCAUUUUCAACUAUGACUGGUCUACCUUUAAAGAGCAGAAUCGAUGCCUUUCUUUGUAUUUUCUAUCUAUUUGUAUACAAGCAUAUAUAUGCAAGCAUUAUUUCAGUACAACUCUUGGCACAUUAUCGCAGCCUUGACCACUCACACGUAACGCAAUAUACACUAUGUUAGUACAUAGGUUAGUAUCUAGACACAACCAUCAACAGUAACAAAAUAGCCUUUACUGCCAUAAUAAUAGACAUU